AUGGCCAUUCCUCGAGCAAUCCGACAGGUCUUCCUGGCCAUCGAGCAAGCAGAGGGCGCCGGCGCGCGGGUCCGCCGCUCCAUCGGCACCCCCAAGCUGCGCAACUUCAGCCCCUUCCUGAUGCUCGACCACUUCACGAUCGGGCGCGGGGCCGGGUUUCCCGACCACCCGCAUCGCGGCCAGGAGACCAUCACCUACCUGCUCUCUGGCGGGGUCGACCACGAGGACUUCGCCGGCAACAAGGGCACCAUCGGACCGGGUGACCUGCAGUUCAUGACCGCCGGCCGCGGCAUCAUGCACGCCGAGAUGCCGCAUGAGAAUCCCGACGGCUCCCCUAACGUCGGCAUGCAGCUGUGGGUCGAUCUGCCCAAGCACCUGAAGAUGUGCGAGCCGCGGUACCGCGACCUCCGCGCCACCGAGAUCCCCACUGCCCGCGUCGACGACGGCCGCGUUACCGUCAAGGUCAUCUCGGGCCAGUCGCAUGGUGUCGACUCCGUGCGCGACCUCGCCUACACCCCCGUCUGGCUGCUGGACGUCACCAUCCAGCCCGGCGGCCGCAUCGCCCAGCCCCUGCCACAGGGCUGGAACGCCUUUGCCUACACGCUGGGCGGCACCACCGUGUUCGGAUCCAACGACUCCACUCAACUGGUCAAGGAAUUCCACAACGUCGUCUUCGACCAACCCGGCGACUACGUCGAGGCGUCCGUGCCCGACAACGCCGAGUCUGAAGCUCGCUUCAUGCUGGUCGCCGGUCAGCCGCUAGACCAGAAGGUCGUGCAGUACGGACCCUUCGUCCUGACGAGCCAGGAGGAGGUCUACCAGGCCAUGAUGGACUACCAGACCGCGUCGAACGGGUUCGAAAGGACUCGCGGGUGGGAGAGUGAGAUCGGCAAGAGAAUGGCCUUCUAA